UAUGUACUUGAUUCGAAAUCAUUUUUACAAUCUGCUGUGAAUGAAUAGAACUUCAAAGUAACUUGAAAAGUAGCAUGAAAGAGAAGAAAAAGCCUCUCAUGAGAGCACAAGAGAGUCAAAGACCAAAAAGAGGAGAAUGAGGGGACUGCUGAGGUGGAUGUGAGGGUCGGGACAGAGGUUGACGAGGAGGGGAGGGCGCUGCAAGACAGCAGGGUAUUGUGCCUGGACACCAGGCACUGGAAGACACAUUCAAGCACAUUCACACACUGACACGGCCGUGCACGCGAGCGCAUGCUUCUGCCCACUGCUGCACAGACUGGCGCUGGCAUCUCAGAAAGCGACGGCGCAGAGGACGAGCGCUUCUUUCUGCCCUUCACCCCCCAGUCUCUGAGACAGAGCGUCCCGGCUCUGCAGGCCGCCUGUUGACCGAACUCAACUCUCAGGGCUGGAAGGACCAGAAAACCAACCCGUGGAUCAUCAUCAGAGGGAGCGUGACCGCUCAGCAUCUUCAUCAGGGUGUCCUCGUCUGAACUGAGCUGAUCUGAUCAUCACCCCAGAAGUGGAAGCAGAAGUGGACCCCAACUUGUUUUUGUGGGACAAAAAGUCUAUCUGAGAUUGAGUUAGAUACGAAAGUGAUCUUUUCAUCAUGGCAACCACUGGCAUGCAGCUGCUGGGCCUCAUCAUGUCCAUUGUGGGCUGGGUGAGCGGGGCAAUAGUCUGUGCCAUCCCUCUGUGGCGCGUCUCUGCCUUCAUCGGCAACAACAUCGUGACGGCUCAGAUUAUCUGGGAAGGUCUUUGGAUGAAUUGCAUAGUGCAGAGCACGGGUCAGAUCCAGUGUAAGGUGUACGACAGCUUGCUGGCUCUGCCCAGUGACAUGCAGGCAGCCCGUGGCCUCACUGUGUUCUCUGUCCUGCUCUGUGGUCUGGCUCUGGCUCUGGCGGUCCUCGGAGUCAAGUGCACUAAAUGCAUAGGUGUAAACAGCCUCAAAGCCCGAAUCGCACGCAUCUCUGGUAUUUUUUUUGCCGUCGCCGGUUUCCUGUACCUCGUUCCCAUCUGCUGGACUGCCCACUCCAUCAUCAGGGAUUUCUACGACCCGCACGUGGCGGCUCCACACAAGCGUGAGCUCGGCCCGGCUCUCUACAUCGGCUGGGGGGCCUCGGCGCUGCUCCUCAUCGGCGGAUCCCUGCUGUACGCAGGUUCCAGCCCUCCAGGCAUCCCGGGCUCUCCCACCUUCAGCAGCGGAGAAAGCAGUCCCCGCCGGGCCCCUGCAACACAGGUCAAGGGUUAUGUCUGAAUGCCCUCAAGCUCCACAAAUCCACUCUAAACAACGACCAACCCGUCUCUACUCCUUUUGAAUUUGACCCCUCUUGUUCUUCCACAUGUAGUGCUACUCCAGAUUUUCUUUGAAAGGCUGAAUAGGGUCAUUUUAAUUUAUUGUAUUAUUUUAUAGCUGAUAUCUUUUAAUAACAAAAGUUUUUUUCUGUCUGAAAAAUACAAUAAAAGGCAUGUCCUCCGCAGAGGAAAGUGUUCACAUUUUUACAAAUAUAAAAAGUGAUUCGAAAAAAAAUUCUUGAUCUCCGUCUUUUUUUGUUUGUGUUUCUUUCGCCAGUGGUACUACACUUCAUAGAAAACUUUUUAACAUAAUUUUUUUUUCACUCAUUUAUGUAAACACGUUCCUCACAGAAGAACAAUUGAACAAUGGCAGAGUUUAUCCCUGUGCUGCCACAUUGUGUGCGUUCUUGUUCACAUCUUGUCUUUUCUAUUUCAUUAACUUUUUUUUUUUAAUAUUGUGGCAUUCUGUCAAGUAACAAGCAGCAGGAAAAUUAAACCACUUUCACUGUGACAAUGAGUGUGGGCUGUAAAUACAUGCCUAUAUAUAACUCACACGAGCAUUAAAGGAUGAUUUUUUAUAAUU